AUGAGGGCAUGUGCCUUGCGCUAUUUGUCUGUUGACCUUUAUAAGACGUUGGUGCAACCCAAGGAAGAUAUUGCUUUAACCUACACAAAAUUUGGCCACAAGCAUUUACAUUUCGAAUUCACAAAGCGCGUAGUGUCUGAUCAAUUGAUCGAUGCCUGUUCGGCGAUCAGUAAUAAAUGGCCGAAUUUCGGUCGUAAAGAUAAACUCAACCCUCGUCUAUGGUGGAGAGAAGUCAUGAUUCAAACAUUUGCCGGAAGCUCUCCAUUCGACGAGAAACAUGUCAGAAAUGCACUAUCUGAGGAUAUCGUCAAUGAAUUUUACGAGUGGUUCUCGACUGCAAAUGCUUGGUUUUUGGUGCCUGGUACAGUUGAAGGAUUAGAAAAGAUAAAAUCGGCUGGCAUCAAACUGGCAGUAUGCUCAAAUUCGGAUGAAAGAACUGUUACUAUUUUGAAGAAUCUUGGCUUGGAUAAAUUCUUUGAUUUUGUAGUAUAUUCUCGUGAUUGCGACUACAUGAAGCCCAAUCGCGGUAUAUUCGAACUAGUCUGCAAUCGAUUUGGAGAAAUCGCGAGUGACAAAUCAGAUUUAGGAAGUCGUAUGAAGCUUUGUGGACAUGUUGGUGAUUCAAAAAGUCAAGAUUAUUUGGGUGCAAGAAGUGCGGGUUUUGGUCGGGCCUUCUUGUUCAAAUCAAAUACCGAGAAAUCCAGUCUUUGGCCCUAUCAAAACCACCAGUCUGAAUUUUCCGAUGAUCUGGCGUCAUCACAGGAGGUAGCAAAGCCCAAGGCUGUGACGCCUGCAGAUUUACCGCCAUUGCAACGUUGGGGUGUGUUUAGUCUUCGGAUCAGUCAUUACCUUCUAGCUCGAAGUGGAAUCAUUUUGGCCAUCUUUCUGCUCUGCCUUCUAAGUGAACGUGCUAGCAGAGAGAGUCAGCCCCCAAUUCAUCCAUGGAUUAUCUAUACGCAUGCAGCGAUUUAUAUGCUUACCUCAACGGGAAUGUCAGCUCGUAUCCUACCGAGUUUCUCAGUUCUACUUGCGUCUGCUUUCUACAUUCAUCUUGCAUAUCUCUUUGCCUUCGAACCUGAUUUUGGUUAUCCUUCGUGGCUUAGAAUGCGAUGUGUACUCCGUUUGCUAGCAUUGGCUGCAGCAAGCAUCAGAAUGCUUGCUGUUGGGGAUUUCGAUCCAUCUCGAAUAUCUGAUAAAAUCGGUGCUGGUUUAUCAGGUUGCAUUUGUGCUAUUAUGGGACUCCUGUCCCUACCCAUUGUCACUAUUGCAUAUAUCAGUGACACCGUACGAAAACACGAGAUUAAUAGUUUAUUUCCCUACGUCGCUUUCGGUGUUUUUAUCCACUGGGUCAUUGGAUUAGCUUUUUGUCUCGCCUUCUUGGCGUACUCAUUUCCAGUGUUAGUGGUUCUUCCCUCAGGCCAAGGCCAGUCUCCAUUCUUUGCUAAGCUGGUAUCCUUGGCCGAUAAACUCGCCUGUGUAGGAUGGGGUCUCACUCUUCUUUGCAAGGACAUUAAUUGGAGUUAUUGGAAAACCCAAAGGAUUGAUUACUGGCUAUUGAAUACUCUUAUUCUUGUGGAAGUUAUCACAAUUGCUUCCAUAGUUAUUGGUGCAAGUUUGCCUUGGCUCGGGCGUAUUACUAAAGCACGCGAAGAACAGAAGCGGAAAAAAGCUAAAUGA